AUGAAAUGCUUUCUUUCUUCUUCUUCUUCUUCUUCUUCUUCUUUUAGCUUUGCAAGGACAACCGGAACCCAUUUCGUUGUGGACGGGCGCCCGUUCCACUCCAAUGGAUUUAACGCGUACUGGUUGAUGCUCAAGGCAUCGGACCCGGCCGAGAGGGGCAAGGUGUCCACCGUCCUCCAACAGGCGUCCGCUUAUGGAAUGAGAGUGGUCAGGACCUGGGCCUUCAGCGACGGUGGGAACAGUCCCCUGCAGUACUCCCCUGGCUCUUACAAUGAGGCUAUGUUCAAGGGUUUGGACUUGGUGAUCGCGGAGGCUAAGAAGAAUGGAGUGUAUCUGAUACUGAGUUUGGUGAAUAACUACGCAGACUUUGGAGGGAGGAAGCAGUAUGUUCAGUGGGCAAAGGACAAGGGACAGUACUUGGGUUCCGAUGAUGACUUCUAUUCGAACGAUGUCGUCAAAGGAUUAUACAAGGAUCAUGUGAAGACGGUUCUUACGAGGGUGAACACGAUAACGGGAGUGGCAUAUAAGGAUGAUCCCAUCAUCUUUUCAUGGGAACUCAUCAAUGAACCACGAUGCCAAAGUGACCUCUCUGGCAAAACUCUCCAGGCUUGGGUCACAGAGAUGGCUGCUUAUGUUAAAUCCAUAGAUAGCAAUCACAUGCUUGAAGUUGGGUUGGAAGGGUUCUAUGGGGAAUCUAGGCCUGAAAGGAAGCAAUUCAACCCUGGCUAUGAGGUCGGCACCGAUUUCAUCGCUAAUAAUAUGGUCCCUGAAAUUGACUUUGCCACCAUCCAUGCCUACCCUGAUCAAUGGAUUUCAGGUUCAAAUGAGGCCCAAAUGGCAUUCCUCAAGAGUUGGGUUCAAUCACAUACUGAUGAUGCUGGUGCAUUCCUUGGAAAGCCACUUAUGAUCACAGAAUUUGGCAAGUGCUCCAAGACUUCAGGGUACACCGUAGGCGAAAGGGAUGCCUUGUUCUCGGAUGUGUACGGUGAGAUCUACGGCUCAGCCAGAGCCGGGGGCCCGUGUGCAGGUGGGCUCUUCUGGCAGGUGUUGGCCCCAGGGAUGGAUAACUUUGGAGAUGGCUAUGAGAUCAUAUUUUCAGAAUGCCCCUCGACGACGAGUAUCAUUGCCCAGCAAUCCCACAGGAUAUCGAGCCUUUAA